CACAUGGUGACCCGGGAGCCCUCUGAGGACGUCCCUGCAGGCACAGAGCCUGGCCUGACCACCGAGGGGCACCCGGAGAACCAGAGCUGAGGACGCGGGGUGUGCCUUCAGCCCGUCCUGGACACCAGGGAGGAGGCUGGAGCAUCUCACGCCUGUGUCACCCAUGGAGCUGCAGGCUCAGGGGACCUCUGGCCAGCCCGGAUUGCCAGCUGGGGAGAGGCCCUGGGCCUAGACCUGUGAGGAGGCCGCGGCAGAUGCCCCCAGGCUGCGGGGGCUCCCGAGUGGGCGGCAGGACCACGGCUCCAGAGGAGGACGAUGCCGGCCAAGGGGCGCUACUUCCUCAACGAGGGUGAGGAGGGCCCCGACCAGGCCGCGCUCUACGAGAAGUACCGCCUCACCAGCCAGCACGGGCCGCUGCUGCUCAUGCUGCUUGCCGUGGCCGGGGCCGCCUGCGUGGCGCUGGUGGCCAUCACUUUCAGCCACGGGGACCCCUCCAGACAGCAGGCUGUCCUGGGCACGGCCUCCUUGGCCUUGGCUGUGUUCGUGGCUCUGUAUGUGCUGGUGUACAUCGAGUGCCUCGUCCGGAGGUGGCUCAGGGCCCUGGCGCUGCUGGCCUGGGCCUGCCUGGUGACGCUGGGCUACGUGCUGGUUCUGGAUUCCUGGAGGAGGGCAGCCUGUGCGUGGGAGCAGGUGCCCUUCUUCCUGUUCGUGGUCUUCGUGGUGUACACGCUGCUGCCCUUCAGCACACGGGGGGCCGUCGCCGUGGGGGUGCUGUCCACCGUCUCUCACCUGCUGGUGUGUGCUGCUCUGAUGGGGUUCUUCGCGACCCCCAGCGCCUGGAUGGGGCUGCAGCUGCUGGCCAAUGCCACCAUCUUCCUGUGUGGGAACUUUGCGGGUGCCUUCCACAAGCACCAGAUGCAGGACGCGUCCCGGGACCUCUUCACCUACACCGUCAAGUGCAUCCAGAUCCGCCGGAAGCUGCGCAUUGAAAAGCGCCAGCAAGAGAACCUGCUGCUGUCGGUGCUGCCCGCCCACAUCUCCAUGGGCAUGAAGCUGGCCAUCAUCGAGCGGCUCAAGGAGCAUGGGGACCGCCGCUACAUGCCCGACAACAACUUCCACAGCCUCUAUGUCAAGCGGCACCAGAACGUCAGCAUCCUGUACGCGGACAUCGUGGGCUUCACRCGGCUGGCCAGCGACUGCUCCCCCAAGGAGCUGGUGGUGGUGCUGAACGAGCUCUUCGGCAAGUUCGACCAGAUCGCCAAGGCCAACGAGUGCAUGCGGAUCAAGAUCCUGGGUGACUGCUACUACUGCGUGUCCGGCUUGCCGGUGUCCCUGCCCACCCACGCCCGGAACUGCGUGAAGAUGGGGCUGGACAUAUGUGAGGCCAUUAAGCAGGUACGGGAGGCCACCGGUGUGGACAUCAGCAUGCGAGUGGGCAUACAUUCUGGGAACGUGCUGUGCGGGGUCAUCGGGCUGCGCAAGUGGCAGUACGAUGUGUGGUCCCAUGACGUGUCCCUGGCCAACAGGAUGGAGGCGGCUGGAGUCCCUGGCCGGGUGCACAUCACAGAGGCCACGUUGAAUCACCUGGACAAGGCGUAUGAGGUGGAGGAUGGACAGGGGCAGCAGCGAGACCCUUACCUGAAAGAGAUGAACAUCCGCACCUACCUUGUCAUCGACCCCCGGAGCCAGCAGCCGCCCCCGCCCAGCCCACACCUGCCCAAGCCCCGGGGGGACGCGGCCUUGAAGAUGCGGGCUUCCGUGCGCAUGACCCGCUACCUGGAGUCCUGGGGGGCUGCUCGGCCCUUUGCGCACCUCAGCCACCGUGAGAGUGUGAGCAGCAGUGAGACCCCUGUCCCCAAUGGGCGGAGACCUAAGGCCAUUCCUCUGCGGCGCCACCGGAUCCCUGACAGGAGCGCAUCCCCCAAGCGGCGGUCAGAAGAUGACUCCUAUGACGAUGAGAUGCUCUCAGCCAUCGAGGGGCUCAGCUCCACGAGGCCCUGCUGCUCCAAGUCUGACGACUUCUACACCUUUGGRUCUAUCUUCCUGGAGAAGAGCUUUGAGCGUGAGUACCGCCUGGCCCCCAUCCCUGGGGCACGUCAUGACUUCGCCUGCGCCAGCCUCGUCUUCGUCUGCAUCUUGCUCGUCCACGUCCUAGUGAUGCCCAGGAUGGCAGCUCUGGGUGUGUCCUUCGGGCUGGUGGCCUGCCUGCUGGGGCUGGUGCUAGGCCUGUGCUUUGCCUCUGAGUUCCUGAGGUGCUGCCCAGCCUGGGGGACGCUCCAGGCCAUCUCUGAGCGGGUGGAGACCCAGUCCCUGCUGAGGCUGUCCCUGGCUGUGCUGACCAUUGGCAGCCUGCUCAUCGUCGCCAUCGUCAACUUGCCACUGAUGCCUUUCCCAGCUCCAGCGCUGCCUGGUGGCAAUGAGACGAGCCUGUGGGCCACAAGCAGCAGUAGAAACAGAACUGUGUGUGAGCUCCUGCCGUAUUACACCUGCAGCUGCAUCCUGGGUUUUAUCUCCUGCUCCGUCUUCUUGCGCAUGAACCUGGAGCUGAAGGUCGUGCUAUUGACAGUGGCGCUGGUGGCCUACCUGGUGCUCUUCAAUCUCUCCCUCUGUUGGAAGGGUGACUGCUGUGGCCCCGGUCUGGGCAACCUCACCAAGACCAACAGCACCUUCAGUAMCACUGGCUGUUCUCUGAGUGACCUGAAGACCAUGAUCAACUUCUACCUGGUCCUGUUCUACGCCACCUUCGUCAUGCUCUCCAGACAGAUUGACUAUUAUUGUCGCCUGGACUGUUUGUGGAAGAAAAAGUUCAAGAAAGAACAUGAAGAAUUUGAAACUAUGGAGAAUGUGAACCGCCUUCUCCUGGAGAAUGUGCUGCCGGCCCAUGUGGCUGCCCACUUCAUCGGCGACAAGCUGAAUGAGGACUGGUACCAUCAGUCCUACGACUGUGUGUGUGUCAUGUUUGCAUCUGUGCCGGAUUUCAAAGUGUUCUACACAGAGUGCGAUGUCAACAAAGAAGGGCUGGAGUGUCUGCGCCUGUUAAAUGAGAUCAUCGCUGACUUUGAUGAGCUGCUGUUAAAGCCCAAGUUCAGUGGCGUGGAGAAGAUCAAGACCAUUGGCAGCACCUACAUGGCAGCUGCGGGGCUCAGCGUCCCCUCAGGGCAUGAAAACCAGGACCUGGAUCGACAGCAUACCCACAUAGGUGUCAUGGUAGAAUUCAGCACUGCCCUGAUGAGCAAGCUGGAUGGCAUCAACAGGCACUCCUUCAAUUCCUUCCGCCUCCGAGUUGGCAUAAACCAUGGGCCUGUGAUUGCUGGAGUAAUUGGGGCACGAAAACCUCAAUAUGACAUCUGGGGAAACACAGUCAACGUUGCCAGCCGCAUGGAGAGCACUGGAGAGCUUGGGAAAAUCCAGGUUACUGAAGAGACAUGCACCAUCCUCCAGGGACUAGGUUACUCUUGUGAGUGCCGGGGACUGAUCAAUGUCAAAGGCAAAGGCGAGCUGCGGACUUACUUUGUGUGUACAGCAGACACUGCCAAGUUCCAAGGGCUGGGGCUGAACUGAGGGCUUCUGGUGUAGCCAGAACACACUGGGAAGUCAGUUUCCUGCCCUGAGCCAGCCAAGGAGAGACUUGGCCCUAUGCCAGUGGCAAAGGCAUUCAAACAGGUUGUAGCCGUUGCCACCUCCUGGCCAAUGGCUUUGUGUGGCUUCUCUGGGCUUGCACUAAAGGGUCACUUAGACAUACACCAGAUCCUGCCUGAGUGACUGCUGGGUUGUGACCUGGGGCAGCAGGUGGGGCCUCUGUGCAGUCAGUCUGUAACAGUGUCUAGGUAGAUGGAAGAGGAUCACUGGGAGGUUGUGCUUGUGACUUUGAGAACUUUGUUCCCAGGGUGGUAUGGAGGUGCUCAGAGGAUGACUAAGGCAGAUAUCCACUUUGGUGACCUGUAAGCAUGUGCAAGGAAACUCACUUUUUCUAGGUACUUAGCCAAGCCGCCUGGCAUGGGCUGGAGCCGCCCUUCUCCCUAGCAGGGCUGGCUCUGGGCUUGUUUUUCACAUAAGCAUUCUGGUAAAUGGAGUUGACAUGUGUGAAAUCGUUAUGCUGACACGAAACAAACGGUAGAGAAAACCUGUAAAUGACACUUGCUAUUUCUUGUCAUCUUUGGCAUGCGUUUGCUUUGAAUGGAUACAUUAUUGGGGUUUCAUCCUUACUAACGACUUCUUAGACCCUAGACAAAACUCUCCUCCUUCCAGUGAAUUUUUUAGUCAAUGACUCAUGUAUGCAAGACUACUGUCCAGUGUCAGUGUGUGGAUAAGCUUGGCUGUAGGGACAGAGUUCCAAGGAAAGCAGAUCACAGAAAGUAGCAGUGGCACAGGUUUGUCUCUGAACCAGGCAACCUUGAUGCAAGCCUUCUGAUCAGGUUCAGUAAGCUGAAAGCCUAGAAUGGGGGUACAGUCAUGUGCUCCUCCCUGACCACUCAUGCAUUUUUACCUCUGCCCUGCAGUCUUCACCGUAUCUUGCUUUUCUUAGUAUAGUGAGAACCUGGACAACCUGCAGCUCGUGUCUCCCUUUCUUUAGUCUGCAUAGCUAACUAUGAAGAGCUUUAAAACCAGAGGAUCUACUUUUCAUGAGAUGUGUCGAGGUUCCUAUUCCUGGAAGCCAGCCCCUCAUAAAUGCUGAGAUGUUCUUGCUCUAAACCAAAUGAGUCUUGACGCCAGCUUUGUGAAAUGGCGUCUUAUGGUGCUUCAACUCCACAGGGAGCCAAAGAAGUCUACCUGUUUCAAGGUGAGAAAUAACCAAACUGCCUGCUCCUGCUCGGAAAUGACUUCACUGCUACCUUACAGCCAGAGCCUCCCUAGGAUCCAACACCACUGAGUUUCACUACAUUGCAGGAGAUCCGUAACUAAAAGUCAUCCACAACCCCCUGCUCCCGCCCCCGAAAUUAUUCAUAAAAUCUUACUGGAGCCUUCAAAAGAUUAUACAGGGUUGUAGCAGUGACUACCAGCUAGGUUUACCCGUGACUGGAGAUCCUGGAUGCUGCUUGCCACCCUUAUUGCAGAGCAGCGUAUAGCCAAGUGGUGUUGGAGGGGAUCAAAAUGUAACCUGUCUGCUGUGUUGUCUUGUGGGGCUUUAUCUGCCUGAGGAAGGCGGGGGGCUGAUCUAAUUUGUAAAAGGUGCUGGGGUGGGCUUGUGGCAGUCUGAUGUAUUGCAUACAAUCGGAAUCAGUAUGCAUUUGUUAUAAGAAUUUGCUUUCUGAAGGAAUUUUCUGACAAAAAUGAUGGUAAGGGAAAAAAGCCUUCUUUGACCCUGACAUUUCAAGUAAGGGCUGAUUUCAGGUGAAUACUAUACUGAAAUCUGUGUUCUCAAAACCUAGCAGUGUCUAGAGCUCCCCUGAAGAAUCCAGAAGGUUUUUAUUGCUGAUGAAAGGUAGACAUGUCAGUACAUUGGCCUCAAAUUUCUACUUUCAAUAUUCAAGUUACUUUUUUCCUUCAGUAACAGAAUCCCCAGACAGGAGUUUUCAAUUAAAGUGUUGUGCUCAGAUAAGAAUAUUUUAAUGUUCAGGUUGUGACCACAAAAAUCACUUGCAGUUUUUUUUUUUUUAAAUCUGAUAGGAAUAAAUAUCUUUUCUAUGGGUUGAGCACUUGCUUAAAAAUUUCUACUAAGGCAGCGUCACUGCUACCGAAAAUUAACACUGAUGUCUUCUGAUUUACUUACCAAGGAAAUUUCCCAACAAAACAGAUGAUCAUUACCCACUGUAUACUUUGUGUAUAUAAUAGGUCUUUGUAUAGAAAUUUGCUCACAGUGCAUGCAAAUAACAAGGAUUUGUUCUGUAUAUUGAAUAUUUGUAGAUCUAUAAUAUUUGCUUUAAAUCCUUUAUUUUUGUAAACUGCCAGUGAUAGGCUGCUUUUCAUACAUUAAAUUAGCAAUGUGGAAAACCUGAACGUCUCAAGGUGUUCUGAUUCAAAAUAUCCUUUUGAUCUUUAGGAACUUACUUAAGCCAAGUAGAUCUAAGUGAAGGAUGGUCCAAAAUUAUAUUUUAGAAAUAAAACACCUGAUUUAAAAAGAAAAAAAAGUUCAAAUAGGUUUUUUUAACUUUAACACAAACUAGGUCAUGUUUUAACUUCCUCAAGAGAAUCAAUUUUCCUUUACAAAAUGGAUUUUCUGAAUUUUUACAGAACUCUGUAUUGAACUUUAUGCUAUGUUUUUUUUUUUUUUUUUUAAUUUCAU